AUGAUUCUUGCUGAGCAUGAUCCAAAAGAGUACGGUGUUGAGGAUUUGGUGUUGCUCUCGAAAAUUGAUUUGGACCAUGUCGUUUCGAAUUUAAAUCUCAGAUUUCGCAAGGGACGAAUUUACACGUACAUUGGAGAGGUUCUCAUUGCUGUCAACCCAUAUCGGCAACUCAACAUUUAUGAAAAAGACACUAUUGAGAAAUACAAGGGUCGAGAAAUAUAUGAAAGAUCGCCUCAUGUGUUCGCAAUCGCCGAUGCCGCUUAUAGAUCUAUGAAAAGAUUCGGAAGAGACUCAUGCAUCGUGAUAUCCGGCGAAUCAGGAGCCGGAAAAACUGAGACGAGCAAAAUUAUAAUGAGAUAUCUAGCGGCUAUUACGAAUGUUCAGCAACAGGGCGAAAUUGAAAGAGUCAAAAAUGUUCUUCUACGCUCAAACUGUAUUCUUGAAUCCUUCGGUUGUGCUAAAACAACAAGAAAUGACAAUUCAUCAAGAUUCGGAAAAUACAUGCAUAUAAACUUUGAUUAUGGUGGAGAUCCAGUUGGUGGAAACAUUGCAAAUUAUCUACUCGAGAAGUCUCGAGUUGUUCGCCAACAAAAUGGGGAACGCAAUUUUCAUGUGUUUUAUCAGCUGGUUGCUGGAGGAAAUGAAAAUAUGCUUAAAAGCUUUGGAUUGACAAAAGACGCUAAGAAAUACUAUUUUUUGAAUCAAGGUCAUUCUGAAAAGGUUUCUUCGAUAAACGAUUCUCGAGAUUACGCAGAUGUCCAGACGGCAUUGCGAUCAAUUUCAACUUUCCAGCAAAACGACAUUGAAAGUAUGUGGGCGGUUAUUGCUGGUCUCAUUCAUUUAGGAAACGUGAAAUUUGUCGACUCGCAAGAUUCCACGGGAUCAGUUGUGAUUUCGGAAAAGUCGGCACUUCAGAUAUCUGCGAAAUGCCUGAGUGUUACUCCAGAUGAAUUGGCGAAAGCAGUCACAUCACAGGUUGUUGCUGCACAUGGAGAUAUUGUGAAGAAACAACACGAUCUGAAUGCAGCUUAUUAUACGCGAGAUGCUCUGGCGAAGGCUUUGUAUGAACGUUUGUUUUCGUGGAUUGUUUCUAAAGUGAAUGAAGCAAUAUCAGUGGAAAAUUCGUCCAAGUAUAAUAAAUCCACGGUUAUUGGCGUGCUCGAUAUUUAUGGUUUCGAAAUUUUCGGCUCAAACAGCUUUGAACAACUUUGCAUCAAUUACUGCAACGAGAAACUCCAACAACUUUUCAUUGAGCUUGUUCUCAAACAAGAACAAGAAGAAUAUGAAAGGGAGGGAAUCAAAUGGACCAAAAUUGCAUAUUUCAAUAAUAAGGUGAUUUGUGAUCUGGUUGAAGUUCCCCGCAACGGAAUAUUCUCUAUUCUGGAUGAAGCAUGUUCCACAGUCGGCAAUGUCACCGAUAAAGUAUUUCUGGCAGAACUUGACAAGAAGCUUGGCGCGCAUAAGCACUAUACAAGCAGAGGAUUGAAACAGAGCGACAAAUCUAUGGGAUUCGAUGAAUUCAGAAUAACUCAUUACGCUGGUGAUGUCACUUACUCUGUAUUAGGAUUUAUGGAUAAAAAUAAGGAUACACUCUUCCAAGACUUAAAACGUCUUCUAUAUCACAGCAAAAAUCGGCUUAUCAAAACUCUAUUUCCGGAUGGUUCGAAAUCGAUGAGUGAGGUCAACCGUCGGCCGCCAACAGCUGGAUAUUUGUUUAAGAAUUCUAUGGCGGACUUGGUUAAGCAAUUGGCACAAAAGGAACCCCAUUACAUUCGUUGCAUUAAGCCAAACGAUGAGAAGAAUAGUGGUAUUUUUGAUGUGGAGCGCGUUGAGCAUCAAGUGAACUACCUUGGACUCCUUGAAAAUGUUCGUGUUCGGCGUGCAGGAUUUGCCCAUCGAAUGCCGUACGAUCGAUUCAUCAAUCGAUACAAAUUGCUUUGCCCUGGAACAUGGCCGAAUCCUCGUAGAGGUCAAGCGUCAAAAGAUUCUUGUCGUCAAAUUUUGGAACACGUCGGCCUCGCAGAUGAUUGUGUUCAGGGGAAAACAAAAAUUUUCAUCCGAAGUCCACAAACUGUUUUUCGACUCGAAGAAUUGCGUACGGAGAAGCUUCCAGAAGUUGUUGUUCUUCUUCAAAAAAUGGUUCGUGGAGUGCAAGCACGCGAACAAUAUCGCAAAAUGCUAGCGGUUCGCACAAUUAUUGGAGCUUAUAGAAGAUAUAAGCUAAAAUCAUAUAUAUUACUGCUUAUUCGCAUAUUCCAAAAUGUGAAACGUUCAAGUGAUUUGGGAAAAUCGCUUCGUUGGCCAGCUCCGCCAUUAGUGCUAGAGCAAUUUGUUGCUAAGUUGAAAAUCAUGCAUGCCCGUUGGCGUGCAGCCACGAUUUUGGCCAGAAUUCCUGCUCUUUUGAAAGCCAGUCUACCACAAAAAAUUGCUGCUGCUGAAGUGUUUAACGGUAAAAAGGACAAUUGGGGAUACAAUCGAUUCUGGAAAGGAGAUUACUUGGCGAUGGCGGAUGAACUCGAUCCUCCGGGAACAACGGUUUCCCUGUAUCACGAUGGGAUCCAAGCUCUUCGACAAUCUCAUCCAUUCGGCAAAGUUCUUUUCAGCACCUACAUUCAGAAAUUCAAUAAAUUCAACAAAAGCUCACUGCGCGUUCUGGUUCUCACCGACAGAUUUGUUGCCAAAUUAGACACAAAAAAAUUCAAGCUGCUCAAAGAGCCAAUUCCUCUUCAAAGCAUUUCCUGUAUUUCGGUCAGUGCAGAUUCGAAUGGCUUAUUUGUAAUUCACGUUGGAGAAAACGAUCUCCUAGCUUGUGUACGAAAUGUAAAAGAAGAGGAAAGAGUAGGAGAAUUUGUUGGAACAAUAUUAGCACAUUAUGAAAAGUUGGGAACUCGAAAACCGCCGGUAAUUGUACGUUCCAAUAUCGUGUGUACGCUGGGCGGCAAAUCUCGAACGAUCCAUGUAUUUUCGUCAGAUAAUGCUUCAAUACCGCCUGUUUUCAAAAAGAAUGGAAACGAUGUGGAUCUUAUAUCACCGCGUUGUACCGAAGAGCCCUGCCAGCAAAAACCAUCAACGAUAACUGUCGAUCAAUUUCGAGAUGAUGAAAGUAACAAAUUCGCGUUGCUAUUCCAGAAAAUGGUUGAAAGAAAUAGAGAGAUCACUGCCAUCGAGUGUCAAUACCAUGAUGAUUGUCCUGACGGAUUCGAAUGUUUCACGGGAAAAUGCAAGUCAAUUGGACCGCGACGCAUGAAAAUGAUUAAUUUAUAUAGUCGCUGGUGA